CUCACAGAGGACCCGGCUAUAAAUACGGCUGCGCGCAACGCACAGUUAGACAUUUUCCCAAAAUCAAACGAAAGACACAACUGAGAAAAGAACCGUGGGAAUCCGGCUUUCACCUUUGAUUAUUCCCUCUGCCUUUCUCUACAUUUUAUAUUCUAUAUUUAGUGUCCAGCUCACUAUGUUGGCCAUGGGUGGAUUAUCUUUGAAGCACGUCGUGGUGGCAGCGCUGUGCUCCGUGCUGGUCACAGGGACGCUGGGGUCCCCGGUGUUGGGGCCAGAGCCGAUUCGAUGCGCCCCGUGUACUCCGGAGAAGCUGAGCCUGUGUCCAGCGGUGGCGCCCGGAUGCGCCGAGGUGUUGCGGGAGCCCGGCUGUGGAUGCUGCCUCGCCUGCGCUCUGACUGCUGGGGAGCUGUGCGGGAUCUACACGGCGCCGUGCGGCUCCGGACUGAGGUGCACCCCGAGACCCGGCGACCCCCGGCCGCUGCACUCCCUCACCCGGGGACAAGCCUUGUGCACGGCGAGCACUGAGCCAGAGGCGACCCCCGAGCCCCAGUCACAAGAUCAGGGAGAGCCAGAGGCUGAGAUGGAGAACACAGCCAUCGUCUCGGAACCCUGCUGCGGCCCCUACCUCCCCGGCCACAGUAAGCCAUUCGACCCGAGGGCUGCCGCCGACGCUCAGGGGAGCAUGAAAGCCAAACUCAUCGCCAUCCGCAAGAAGCUGGUCGAACAGGGGCCGUGUCACGUCGAGCUGCAGAGAGCCUUGGACAAGAUUGCCAAAUCUCAGCAGAAAUUAGGAGACAAAUUAACCAGGUUCUACCUCCCCAACUGUGACAAGCACGGCCUUUAUAAACCAAAGCAGUGUGAGUCGUCUCUGGAUGGACAGAGGGGUCGAUGCUGGUGUGUGAACUCCUGGAACGGCAAGAAGAUUUUAGGUUCGACCGACCUGCCUGCAGAUGCCGAGUGCCCUUAAGUCGAGAUCGAACCACUGACGCGAGAUCUCGCAGAAAGAAAGCAAACAAAAAGAAGCAAGCCACUGAUUUUUCCCUUUUUUUUUUUUUUUUGAUAGCUGUUUAUUUAUUGAUCUUGUCCAUGGUGGUGUUUAAUUCAGGUACACUGUCAUUGUGGGGACUUUGGUUCCCUUCCUCCCUCGACCCGUCCCAAAGAGAAAAAAAAAAAUCUAUUUUUGUUUUUCUGAAAUUUUUUAAAUAUUGAUGCAUUUACUUCUACACUUCAGCCUUAUUUAUUUCAACUUCAAUUCAUUUGUUAUUUGUAAUUAUUUUAUGAGUAUUUAUAUCAUUUGUUUUUUUGCCUUAUUGUUAUUAUUAUAUUAUUAUUUUUAUGGUUGUGUAUAUAAAGUGUAUAUAUGUAUCUUGGUCCCGAGUAACUCCACUGCUGAGUUGAGCUCGCUCUACCCUUAAAGGAGUUGUCUGGAGGUUUGGUUUGUGACGAAACCAAGCAAGAACAAAAAAGCACUGAGUGACCAAAACGAUCAUUUAGAAGUAUCUCUAAAUGUUUUUAUGAUUCAUUUUUCACAUCGUUGCAUUUGUUAUGUCUUAUUUUCUGUUGUGACACAUGAUCAGCUCUUGUCAGUGAAUGCAAAACUCUCAGUCUGGAAAACAAAAAGGUCUCAGAAAACAUUUCCCAUGGUUCCAUGGGGUUACAGAUAGCAUGACAGGCCGGUGCCUCCCUGCGUCGUCGCCUCUCAGACGGGUAUUUCUACAUUAACCUACCUCCAAUAUUUAUGUGUCUGCUGUCAGUUGUGUUGAUGUAUCAGUCUAAAAAAAAAAAAAAAAAAAAAAAAUACUUUACACGUUGCUGUUCUCUCUGACCAAGAACACAUGACCACAAAGAGCGAGUCCCACAGUGAACCAUGACGUGUGACGGCUCGGCUCCACCUACAUGCUGCUGUUGGAGAGAGAAUUAUUGUUUAUGUGAGUCUAUUCCAAAGUGACUAACUGCUCACUCGUGUGUGUGUAUGUACACUUUUUUUUUUUUUUUUUUUGUAAUUGAGAUGUAAUGUAAGAAAAAAAAAGGUGAUAUAUUUAAUAAAAACAUUAACCUCA